UUGACUUGCCCAUGAUGACACAGUUGCUGUGUCAAAGGUAGGAUUUGGCACAGAUCUUGCUGACUCUACCUCUAGCACCCCAUUCACUAUCCUUCCCUUCCUCUUCAAGUAUCAUUUAACUAGUUCUGUUGCCUAUGGUGAGUCUUCCUUUUGGAGCCAGUUUCCCCACUUGUAAAACUAGGAUAUCUUCAGUGGCUUUUCCAAGGAGUUGUUGGGAAAGUUCUUUCACAUCUGAGUAUCUCUCCAUCCCCUGGGGUACCUCUUCUCUCUUUCCAGAGAUCUUAGCUUUUCCCCAAAGCUUAUCCAAACCCUCCCACCCUACUCCCUGGGGCCUCUGCCUCUCCCACCUGCAGAUGGCGUCAGCCACAGACUCCCGCUAUGGACAAAAGGAAUCCUCCGACCAGAACUUUGAUUACAUGUUCAAGAUUCUUAUCAUUGGGAACAGCAGCGUAGGGAAGACGUCCUUCCUCUUCCGGUACGCUGACGACUCAUUCACCCCAGCCUUUGUCAGCACUGUGGGCAUAGACUUCAAGGUGAAGACCAUCUAUCGAAAUGAGAAGAGGAUCAAGCUUCAGAUCUGGGACACGGCUGGGCAGGAGCGAUACCGGACCAUCACCACGGCCUACUAUCGGGGGGCCAUGGGCUUCAUUCUCAUGUAUGACAUCACCAAUGAGGAAUCCUUCAAUGCUGUGCAGGACUGGUCAACCCAGAUCAAGACCUAUUCAUGGGACAAUGCUCAGGUGCUGCUUGUGGGAAAUAAAUGUGACAUGGAAGAUGAGAGGAUCGUUUCCUCAGAGAGGGGCCGGCAGCUAGCAGAGCACCUGGGAUUUGAGUUCUUUGAGGCUAGCGCCAAGGACAAUAUCAAUGUGAAACAGACCUUCGAGCGACUGGUGGACAUCAUCUGUGAGAAGAUGUCAGAGUCUCUGGACACAGCCGACCCAGCUGUGACUGGAGCCAAGCAGGGCCCCCAGCUCACAGACCAACAGGCACCCCCACACCAGGACUGUGCCUGUUAAGGCCCUGGGCCCAGGCUCUGUCCCCUCUUCGGCGGUCACUAGCAUUCCCCCUCCUGCUCUCCCACCCCAGAUGGGUCACCCUCUUUGUGUGCCCCCAACUCCCUCACUCCAGGGCUGCAGAGCCCAAAGCCCAAGGUGAGAGUGGGGCCCAGUGGGGAAGGAUGGGCCUAGUACUACGUCUUUAGAGCCUCCUCCCUCCCUUAGUCUCUCCAGCUCUCCGGAGCUUCUAUUCCUCUAACUUAUUUAUUAAUUUAUUAAGCUAUUUAUUUGAAGACUUGUUAAAGGGACCAUGCCCCACUUCCUGAAGCCUGUCUCUACAUCCUCAAUCCAAUUCUUCCCUUCUUUAUGCCUCCAUCCCCCAUCCUGAACAGGCUGAUCUCCUUAGCCCAAAACAGAGUGGGGAGAACUGGGCCAUACCCAGGCCCCACUUCCUGGAUGCUCCCUCCAUUCCCUCCCUCCUGCUGGGUCCCUCCUUACUUCCUGGCCUCAAUUCCUUGUAGAAACCCAUCCCCCUCCUCCUCCUUGUACAUAGCCAAGACUGAACCCUGUACAUAGGAUUAGUGAGUGGUCCUAG